CAACACAUACGAAUCUGUACAUGUAUUUAAGUAUAUGUUUGUGUGUGCGUAUGCUGUUUGCGUGCACAUGUAGGUCGCGCACAGCCACAGACUUCGGGUUAGUAGCGGGGAUCCAGCCACUGUUCCUCCGCGUCCGCAGUCGCCGCCAAGGUCCUCAGCUGCCUCCUCGUCUGUUCUGAGUGAUAUACGUUAGCCGAGGCUUUGCGCAGAAAUGUGGCUGAGUCGUAUAUUUUCCUUCUUGCUCGCGUAUGUCUUGGUAGUGGAGAGUCGUUCUGUUACUGAAAGUCGUGUUGCUCAAAAGGAAACAGGUGAAAAUGUUAAAGUAUUAUAUAGUGAAGCAACAAGCGACAUUGUCGAAAAGGCAAAGACAGAAUCGGAAAAUGUAUUUGAACUACAACACAGUACCGUUGAAGGUGGUUUUAAAAACGACGUGGCAGAGAACGUAGGCAUUGCACCCGAAGAGCCUCAUCAGAUGAACGACCUAAGACCAAGUGAAACAGUGAGCAGUGAAGACAUAAGAGCAUCUGCUGUGAGUCUUUACGGCCAGGAACACAGCCUCCGAGAGAAGAGAUCGUUUCCACUCUUCGGAUUUCUGAGCUUUUUGAUGCUCAUGCUCAACAGUAUCCUUCUCAUCAACCAGAAUAUCAACAUCAAUAAUAAUAACAACAACAACAACAAUAAUAAUAAUAACAACAACAACAAUAACGAAAACGAAAACAACAACGGUCGUCGACUCUUCCGGUUAUUGCAAGAUUUCGGGGAGGAAGUCGCCGAGUCCUUCACCAACGUGGCGUCCUAUGCUUUCAACGGGGGGGAGGAUGCCAACGGAGGGGAUGAUGCCAGCGGCGGGGAUGAGCCUGCUCCUGCGGCGUCAGUGGCAGGGCCGAGUGAGAGGAGGAUGCUGCAUUUAGUGAAGAGGGAGUCUGGGCAUCAUCUGGUCAAGAGAGAUUUCUCCGUGUUCAGCAUGAUCAACUUCCUCCUCGUGGUAUUCAAUGCCAUCAUCAAUAUCGUCAAUAACAUCUCCAACAACAAUAAUAACAACAAUAACAACAACAACAAUAACAAUAACAAUAAUAACAAUAACAACGAAAACGUCAACAACAGAAGAAAGAAACGCGACGUGUUAAAAGACCUGGAAGAAAUGCUGUUUCCUCUCGAUUCUGAAUUCAGUGACGUCCCGUACGACAGAAAUUCAGAAGUUCAGGAAAACUUAAACUUUAAUCAGGUAGAGUUUACGACCCCGUAUCGUACCGUUAAUCCCAAAGUAACAAUGAAACCAACCCUCAAAUACAAAGAACCCGAGAAUUCAAGCCUGAAAUCCCAAACUUCUCUCUCCAAGGGCAUACUCGCUCACCUAUCGAACUCCGCAAAAUGGAUCAACACAAAAGCUGGUUACCUGAACGUCCUCCUGCAGGUGUAUUCCAAAGACCUCUUGCGGCAGGAGCGCGCGGCGGAGGGAAGAACCACAGGCGCUCUGAAGGAGGCUCCAUCCCCCCUCUUUCCAAUGAUCAGCUUCUUCGUCCUGUUCCUCAACCUCAUUCAGGACAUAAAGAGAAAAACUCUCGGGGAGGAGAACACGAACUCGCUGCUUCGGAUCGACCGAACCGUGACUCAGGUCGAACACAGCGGGGUGCUCGACGGUAAAGCAGCUGCUCUUAUGGCCUUUCUGAAGAAGCAAAGGCACUGGUGGGAUGAGGUUACGGGAUUCUAAGUUAAUUUUUAUCAAGUAUAAGUAAUAUGUUAUACGGUUUUAUUUCACCUGUAUGUUAUUAUCUAUUUUUUGUGUGCAUCAUUAUUUGUACAUCUCCCAUUGUCUUUUUCAUGCAGCAUCUACGUACAUAUCAUGAAUGUAAAAAUACAUUGUCAAAUAAAUUCAAAUACAG